GCAUAUUCUACCAAAAUAAUGACAUACUUCACAUCAUGGGAAGAAUUUGCUAAAGCUGCAGAGCGUUUAUAUUUAAAUGAUGCUUUAAAAUGUCGCUUUGUAACCAAAUACAGACAUUGUGAUGGGAAACUUACUUUGAAAGUUACAGAUGAUAAAGUGUGUCUUCAGUACAGGACAGAACAUGCUCAGGAUAUUAAAAAGCUUGAAAAAUUGACUGGGCAGCUAAUGAGGCACAUGGCCUCUAAGGAAAAAUAAUCUGCAAUUGACACUGAGUUUUUCUAGAUAUAAUGGUGCAAUUUUUCAAUACCACAGUGUUGAUAGGAAGCUGUGGAACAUUUUCAGUGCAGCAAAAACCUACCCAAUAUUGGGCUUUUUAAUUUAAGUGGUGCAAGAUUGAUCUUUUUAAUGUUAUGUAAGUCAUUUAAUAUUUAUGAUAGUUGAAAUGUUUGAGUGAUACCUCUUUUGUUAUA